GUCGGAAUUUAUUCCUAUUCUUUAAGUCAUAUGUUUAAUUUGUCUGCUGUGCCUGAGAUUGGACUUGGAUCGAAAACAAUAUGCGAUAUAUGUAUGAGAAGACCUUCCUCUGAAUACUAUGAUUGUGGGUAUCACAAAAUGUGCGACAUUUGUCGCCAACGUUUUUCUUCUACAGGUGGUUGUCCCCUAUGUGGAAAGUGUAACCAACGGUGUAUUGAGAAAGUGAUAGCCCACAUUUGUAUUUACGUUUAGUCCGUUGGAAGGAGCUGCAUGGUGCCAAACACAUACAUCCCGGAGCACAUUCCCGUUGCUCUGGAGGCUCCGUGCCCUGUAGAAGAGGAGCAGCAGUUUACAACGAGUUCUAGUGAUAGUUCUCUCUUUAGUUCGCUCUCCUCGAAUGAUGCGAUCCUCAGCGAAAGCGACGAAAACGAGAUGUUCGCAUUCGAGGACGGACCUUGUGGCGACCCGUUCGCCUGCCUUGAUGCAGCUUACGAGGCGAAGCAACCUUCUUAUUCUGAAACAGGCGGACUUAUGCGCUGCGGAUUUUCCCUUUAUUCAUCGUCUGCCCCUUCUUAUGAUGAUUUCUGCAAUCAAUAUUCUGAUGGUCUCUGCUCGAUGCAGGAGGAGUCCAACCAAUGCCCGCUAGACGGCGGAGCGAAAAGACGAACCUUGCAGAAGACGAAGCGAAUGUCAACCGGAGAUUUACAAAGAAUUAUUGACUUGUGUAAAGAGAUUUCUCUGUAAUCUAUGUACAUGUACCUUAUGAUUGAUAACAACGUGCAUUAAGUAAUCCAUUAACCAC